AUGACAUUAUUCCCAUUGUUGUUGUUCCUGGCUGCUGUGUUAUCUCCAUCCCUUCUUCAAGAUGACUAUGAGAAAAAAAAUCUUGAGGAUUUGUCAACCACUAAAGAGUCAGUCCAAGAAGAGAUUGUAAACAAGCACAACCAACUGAGAAGAAUGGUUUCUCCACCUGGUAGUGACUUACUAAAGAUGCAAUGGAGCAAUGAUGCCAGAGUGAAUGCACAGAGAUGGGCAAGCCAGUGCACUUAUGAACAUAGUUCUCCAGAAGUCAGGACCACCAAUAUAAGAUGUGGUGAGAAUAUCUUCAGAGCAAAUUACCCAGCUUCAUGGUCUCAUGUAAUCCAAACCUGGUAUGAUGAAGUCAAUGAUUUCAAGUUGGGCUCAGACCCAAAUCCAAUUGAUGCAUCAGUUGGACAUUAUACUCAGAUUGUUUGGAAUUCAUCUUACCAAGUUGCAUGCGGAGUUGCUGAGUGCCCUGACCAAUCAUUGAAAUUCUUGUAUGUUUGCCACUAUUGUCCUCUUGGUAAUACUGUAAGAAGGCAAUACAUCCCUUACUCAAUAGGACAACCGUGUGGACUUUGUCCUGAUCACUGUGAAGAUGGACUAUGCACAAAUGGUUGUGAACAUGAAGACAGAUUUUCUAACUGUGCAGAAGUGAAGGCAUCAGUAAUGUGUGAAGACCCAAUUGUUUUAGAAAACUGCAAAGCUACAUAUUAUUGUGAAGGCAAAAUUCAUUAAAUUUCCGAAACAAAUGAAGAGGGCCAUGUGAAGAAAGAGCACCUCCUCUACUUAGGCUUGUCACAUUCCAUCAGGAAUUUAGAAGUAUAGGUACAUUCAAAUGAUUCCAAACAGUAAACAUUCCUUUCUUCUGUAUUAUCUCACUUAGCAGAAUUAAUUUACAUCCAAAGAUUUUAAAAUACCAUAAUGAAUAAUACCUUUGGACCUUGACUUAUGAAUUGUGUGACACAUUUAUGGAGUUGAGUCAAGACCAAGGUUAUACAGUAUCUGUAUGACUAAGGUCACUGAAACUCCGUCCUGAAAAUAAGAAUCAGGUUCCCAGAGCACAAUGGAGUAAAGGAACAGCAUAUACUUCCACUGUAACUGUCAGUCAUCUUUCCUAGCUCUACUUAGCUAACUAUAUCUGAAACCAAAUCCCCAUUAGCUUUCUUUGAUUUCUUCCCACCAUUUGCUCUUCUUCACGUGUGCUGGAAUUAGUGGUUCAAAUUUUAAACUUCAAUUUAGAUUUUAGUUGUUGAGUUUUUCAAGCACCAUAAUAAAGUGAAACUUAAUGAACAUAAUUUGUAUGUCCAAGUGAG